GUGGUAAUAUUGUUUUACAUAAUCGUGAGCGGGAGAUAAGGAAUUAUUAUAUAUCUUUUGAACAUGAUGAACACUUCAUGAGAAAGCAUGGAGAAGUUCAUUCCAACUAUUUGCUUUAUUUAUUGUCCUAAAAUUCAAGACUAUAUAAGUAUAUUAUAAUUCGUAUGCAAAUAUCGUGUUAAGUUUAUAAAAUAUCUGUUAUUUUUUAUUUGGAUAUUUGAAUAUUUUCAAACAGUUACGAUUGGAAAGGUUAUGGGAGCUUAUGGGAUAUAUUGGUUUGAUAUCAGUUUCCAGCUUACCAAAAGCAUGGGGAAUUUUAUAGGAGAUAUUAUUAUUUGCACACUGCUACUAUUUUCAGUGAGUAUUGUAUUUGGAACCAGUGAGAUUAUAAAAUACCUUGCAAACAACAGCGAAGAGUUGUUACAAUCUACUUCAUACAGUUGGAUUCUUCGACUAUGUUUUAACCUAUUUGGUUAUAUUACUAUUUUAUUACCAGGUUACCUUAUAUAUAAAUAUGUAAGGUACAGUAAAUAUAUACAGAGAAGUGAUAAAAGCUGUAUUCCAAGAUUGAUUCACUCAUGUUUCCUUGGACACACAGAAACAGGUCUCUUAGAUGCAUCUUCUUAUACACCAACUACCACCAGUCAACGUACGUUUACUCAGGAUUGUUUCUUACUCACUUAUUGCUUCCUCGGAUUGCAAAUUAGUUACUUGACAUGGGGUUAUUUACAAGAGAAAAUAAUGACUCAGGUUUACGAGGAUAGUUCUGGUAAUCAGGGCAGUUUUGAAGAUUCACAAUUUCUAGUAUUUAUAAAUAGAAUACUUGCAUUUCUCAUGUCCGGAUUAUAUCUUAUUAUUAAAACACAACCACCACAUAAAGCACCACUUUACAAAUAUGUAUUUUGUUCCAUGUCGAACAUUAUGAGCAGUUGGUGUCAAUACGAAGCUCUUAAAUACGUUAGUUUUCCUACACAGGUUUUAGCAAAGGCUUCGAAAAUUAUUCCUGUUAUGAUAAUGGGAAAAUUAAUAUCUCGCACAAAAUAUGAAUAUUAUGAAUAUGUUACAGCAAUAUUUAUUUCCGUUGGAAUGACAAUGUUCAUGUUAAAUAGUUCCGACCAUCAAAAGGACGGAGCUACUACCGUUUCUGGUGUUAUCCUUUUAGGUGGUUAUUUAUUACUAGACAGUUUUACGAGUACCUGGCAAAAUGCACUUUUUGUUGAAUAUGGUACAACCAGUGCACAAAUGAUGUGCGCCGUAAAUAUGUUUUCGUGUUUAUUGACUGUUACUUCUCUUAUACAGCAAUCGAGUUUUCCUUUAAUAUAUUAUUUCAUGAAAAAGUAUCCUAGAUUUAUAGUGGAUUGUUUACUUAUUUCCAUUUGUUCGGCGAGCGGACAGCUAUAUAUUUUCUAUACAAUCUCAAAAUUUGGUCCCAUUACUUUUGUAAUAAUGAUGACCAUAAGACAGGGAUUGGCUAUAUUGCUGUCAUGUUUAAUAUAUAGCCACGAAAUUAAAAUAAUUGGUAUAUUUGGCAUACUUCUUGUAUUUGGCUCAGUAUUCCUUCGAAUUUAUUGUAAUAAUGUAACACGAGCUAUAAAGAGACGCAGAGCUGCGGCAAAUGCUGUAAAAGAUUAGGAUUAUUUAAGUUAAUUAUUACGUAAAAUCUCAUACGAUCUGAUUUUUAAUAAUACAUUAUUUUAAAUACUUAUACACGUCUUACGAUAAUAAUUAGAUAAGACAUGUAUAUCAUCAUCAUAGAAUUUUUAUAAUUCUUAUUCUUCGUGUUAGAUUUAAUAUAUUGUACAGAUUUUGAUAUAGUAACAUUUAAAAACGCUUAUUACAAGUUAAUGUAUAUAUAUAGUAUCUUUUAUUUCAAUUAAAUUGAUCAUCAUA